UCAAAACGUUAGCAACACUUAAUUGGCAAUGUGAAAAAAAAAAAUUAAAUAAAGAAAAUACUUCGUAAAAACAUAUCUCGCUCUCUCACCUCUAAAACUCUAAUGAAAAUGUCUCAAAAUAUAUUGGAAAAUGCGGCGAAAUCUUUCACCUUCGGUGUUAUCGAUUACAUUGUCUUCGCUUUCAUGUUAAUGAUAUCAGCUGGUAUUGGUGUUUACUUUGGCUUCUUUUCGAAAUCGAAAAAUACCACCGAUGAAUAUUUGAUGGGUGGCAAGAAUAUGAAAACUAUUCCCAUUGCCAUAUCUUUGGUAGCAAGUCAACUUUCAGCAAUUGCCAUAAUGGCUGUGCCCGCAGAGAGCUACUCAUUUGGUUUUGGCUAUAUAUUUCUAGUGCUGUCAAUUAUUCCGGUGGUUCCCAUGCUAAAUUAUAUCAUUAUACCGGUAUUCUAUAACAACAACAUAUCAAAUUGUUAUGAGUAUCUUCAAAUACGUUUCAAUAAACAUACCAGACGAUUUGUCACCGCCGCCUUUGUUUUCAGUGCCAUUUUAAUGUUGCCAGUUUUCAUGUUUGUUCCAUCUCUUGCUUUUGCUCAAGUUACUGGCAUUAAUAUUCACAUUAUCAAUUCGAUAGUUUGUUCCAUAUGCAUAUUCUAUACAAUGUUGGGAGGCAUUAAAGCUGUCGUUUGGACGGAUGUUGUUCAGGCUGGAAUUAUGAUUUCUUCGGUUGUGAUCGUAGGCAUCUCAGGUAUAUUUAAAGUUGGUGGAUUGAGCCAAGUUAUUGAAAAUGCCGCAGAAGGUGGGCGUUUCGAUUUAUAUUUCGGUUUAGAUCCUCGUGUACGUACCACAGUUUUGGGACUCUUCAAUGGAGGAAUUUUGCUGUGGGUUGGUCAUAUUGGUCUUAAUCAGAGCUGUGUACAAAGAAUUGUCUCGCUGCCCAGUUUGGAAAAAGCCAAAAGAGCCCUUAUCUAUGCAGCCAUUGGAAUACUUUUGAUCUUGGGCUUUAAUUGCUUCACUGGUAUUAUAAUGUUUGCCCGCUACGCUGGCUGUGAUCCGAUUUUGGCCGGAGUGGUGGAAAGAGCGGACAAAAUAGUACCCUUUUUUGUGCAAGAUGUUGUAGGCCAUUUAAAAGGAAUGCCCGGAGUAUUUAUUUCAUGCGUCUUUAGUGCAGCUCUUAGUACCAUGUCGGCAACUUUGAAUUCUUUGGCUGGUGUGGUAUAUUUCGAUUAUAUAAAACCCUUUAUACGACACACGGAUAAUCGGGCCAAUGCCAUUAUGAGGCUAUUCGUGGUGAUCACAGGAUGUUAUUGUAUAGCAGGUGGAUUUGUUGUGGAGAAAUUCAGUUCAAUUUUACAAACAAUUCUCACAAUAAUGGCCAUUAAUACGGGAGCUGUUGUGGGUGUAUUUCUAUUGGGCGUUCUUGUACCCAGGGUUACGGGAAAGGCUAUACUCGUCUCCAUUGGCGUUAGCUUGACUGUCAUGAUAUGGAUUGUGCUUAACGCUCAAAUGCGUAUAAAAGCUGGCAUCAUCAAAUAUGACCCAUUGCCCACCACUUUAGAUAGAUGUGAGAACUAUAAUUUCUAUGGUCUAAUUAAAAAUGUCAUUACCGUACAUGCAGAUACAAUUUCGGCUAAAGAUGAGGUACCUUUGAUAACCACAGCAUUUGGCAGUAAUCGACCCUUUUCCAUUUACGAAAUCUCAUUCUAUUGGUACCAGGUGGUCGGUACAGCUCUGGUCUGGAUAACAGCCAUACCUCUGAGCUAUGUCUGGAAACCAGAAGAGGAUGUGCAGUAUGAUCCCAAUUUAUAUGCCCCAUUUAUAGGCAGAUUCAUACAGCGCUCCUCCUUGGAAAUGGAAAGUAUACCUUUGAAAAGGCCCCACCCAUCGCUAGCUGAUGGAAAUACCCACAUACAACUGCCAUAUAAGAAGUAAAAAAUCCCUCACAAAAUUCUAUUCAAAUCCUCAGAUUAGGAAAGAGAUGCCAGAUGGUAUUUCAUUAGUGCAAUUAUAUUUAAAUAUAGGCUAAAUUAAUUAAUAAAUUUUAUAAGGCAUACAUAACUAAACUUCAAAAAUUCAGCAUUGUCUAACAUGACAAAAGAUUCUCGAAAACCGAAGAGGAGCGAGUCCCUGAAAUAAAAUUAAAACGCCUCAAACGCAAAAGACUCCUAUCAAGUCCCCAAAAUGUAUCACAAAAGCCAAACACAUCUAUUUUGAGGACUUUUUACAUGGUUUUUUUUAAAACAACAAAUUGUUAAAUAUCUCACUUAACUGU